AUUUAUUGGGUCUGGCAGGUAAACUGAACAGGAGUGGUCUGUGGCAAGUUGAGAGAAACCGAAAUCAUUUCCUGGGUUUUACUGCUCGGCUAUUGAACAAGGAUUUCCACUUCUGCAAUUGUUCAACAACGAUGAAAAGGCUUCCGUUGCCCAAAUAUCCUAGUCUUUAGCUCUAUACAUUUAAUAAUUGUCUCCAGUCGAAUGGCGAUGUAUAAAGUUUUGUUUGUACUAUGCCACCUUGUGCCAUAUGGACUGCCUGCAUGUACGAAAAAGUUGGAACACACACAGGAUAUUGAAGAUAUUUCCAACACAGUGUUUGUGGAUGGGGAAAAUGCUAACAAAUUCUUUAAGCGCCAUCUACUGCUUAAUCGGUUCGACUUUGAAAUCUUUACCCCUGGUAAUUUGGAGAGAGAAUGUAUGGAGGAAGUAUGUAGUUACGAGGAAGCACGGGAGGUCUUCGAAAACAUACCAGAUACAGAUACAUUUUGGAAAGCGUACACUGGCCAGGAACAACACCCAUCCCGCUUUGACGUGACUGCAUUGUUGGUCGGACUCAUAGCAGGUGGAGUCACACUUGUUAUAAUGGGCCUGCUCAUCUGGUACGCCUGUCAGAGAAGGUUCAAGGGCGGUGGUCCUCCAGGACCUGGCCGUGCGCGCACCAGAAGGAGUAAUGCCUCUCUGAUCAUUCGGCGACUGGAGGAGAUUUCUUUACAGCCAGUGGGACCAUCCCCUCCAGAGGAUCUCGAUGCCCCUGGCUUGCCCUCAUAUCAGCAGGCGAUAGCAACCACAGGACCACAUGAUGCUCCUCCUCCUCCGUAUCCAGGGUCAAGGCCAGGCACCCUUCGGCGGUAGCAUCAAUAUGUGUAGGAAUGGGGAAGAUUUUAUGAAGGAAGUCAUGAUCACUUUCAGGAGGCUGGGGUUAUAGAUGUGCCCUUGUUGCAGAGUGACCUGCUUGACAAACUUACACUGAUAUUUAAUGUGAUACUUUGUGAUUGUUGUGAGUGUUGUAUGUUUAGUUGUGCUGAUGAGAGAGAUUUGGCCUCGGUUUUCCAGUUCUUUUCAGUGUAAGUCAAUUUUCUAAACAUUUUAACUUUGAUGGCAUACUUGAAAUACUUGGUGCAUGGUCCAAUCAUAGCACUUCAGGGAUUGAAUGAGGAGGCUAGGUAACCAAUAUGAAGCAUGUUUUGAAGGCGGCAUAUAACUAAUUAUUUAAUAUGCAGUGGAUGUUUUUGGAAUCGGACAACAAAGAGUAUGUUUGACACUGACUGAAUUGAGUGCAAUAAUGAUCUACUUGAUUAUCUAUUGACAAACAUCUGUUUUCUGAAACUAAAACUCCACAGAAGAGAACACUUUCAGUGCCUAUAAGCUGUAUGCCGAAUAACAGACCACUAGUCUUUAAGCACUGUUUAAGCACAGCAGGUACUAAACUGCUGUGUAGAAGGCAAUUACCAUAUCAUUACCAUCUAUAACAUGCAUGUAGGUUAGUUAAAUAUACCAUAAGUUGUGUAAUGCUGCACUUUUAUCUGGGAGGAGGCUAUUCCAUAUGUGCAAUUAUUUUUCAGGAAUGUUUGUGAAUAUAUAUCUUUGAAUCAUUUGUAUGUCAGCAAAAUGUUUUGAAAAUGGCAUUCCAUUUUUUGUUUCUACAUGAAGCUUUUGAUACAUGGUGAUUGACAAUAGUCUCACACUGAAGAGACAGUAUACAUGUACAACUUCUUUCACUGAUGUCUGGACAUACAGUCACUGCUCUGCUAAACAUGCAUGUCUAUCUAUACCUGUAUAUUUUGAUUCGAUUUUUUAGUCUUGGGGAUAUUGAAAAUGAUCCAAAAUCAUCUCAUACUCCAUUCUUAUUUAAUGACUAUCAUUCAGACCUUGAGGAAAUUUUCUGCAACGCUACAAAUAAACCAAGGGUUAGAAUGUAUUAGUUCUUGCCUGUUUAAGCUAUUUUGGUAUUUGAGGUUGCACAGCCCCAUUGAUCCAUAUAUCAGCUUAAGAAGAUACUGUGAUUAUUCUACAAUAAACGUUUAAAGUUUUGUUAA